AUGACACAAUUCCCAGACAACUGCCUCGUCCUCCGUCGCGCAACGGAGUCCUGCAAGACCCUCGACUCCCUCCGGUAUAAACUCCAUACCCUCCAGAAAAAGAUUGCUAAAGCCAGGGCCGCCCACACCUCCACCACGCCUCUUACUCCUGCUACUCAGGACCAGGUGAUGAUGGGAUUGCUGAACGAGGCGUACACACUUCAAUUCCAAAUAUCAACCCUCCUCGCCGCAACAGAGGAACCCAUUCCAGAGCGCCAGCGGAUACCGAUCACGACCCCUACAACCACCACUCGGGAACAGGAACAUAUCAGCAUUGCAGCACCCCCAACAAAUGCUCCCGUCGCAUGA